GCUAGGAGCGGAAGGCGCGGGCGGCGUUGGGGCGGCCAUGGGAGCCCCCGGAGGGAAGAUCAACAGGCCACGCACGGAACUGGGAAAGAAGCUGUUCAAGAGGCGUCGGGUGCUGAACCGGGAGCGGCGGCGGCGGCACCGAGUGUUUGGUGCCGUGGUGGACGAGGGCCUCAUCACUCAUCAUCACCUCAAGAAGAGAGCGUCCAGCACCCGGGCCAACAUCACACUGUCAGGGAAGAAGCGCAGGAAACUGCUACAGCAGAUCCGCCAUGCUCAGAAGGAGAAGGCAGCAAUGGAGGUGGAAGCCCCCGCAAAACCAGCCAGGACCAGUAAACCUUCCAGGCCUCCAAGGAGAAAGAAAACCAGAGCUGUGGUUAUCCAGGAUGUGGAGAUGGAGGAGCUGUGAGGCAAAAGCUGAAAUCCCUAGGGGAAGGCAGCGCUGACUCCCUUCCCCGUCAUCCCCUUUCCCUCGGAACUCGGUCACGCCGCAAACGGGAUGCGAAAAUCCAAGUUCUGAUUUUUUUCUCUCUUCUGAGGAAGUUUCAAGAGGGUUAGUUGUCCUCCGCUUUUAUGGAGGAAGGAGAAGGAAGGCAGGCUGUAGCCACACCAAUUCACCAUAAUAAAGUUAUUGAACCGCCA